UUAGUGCGUGCGAGGUGCUCGAUUCUUGUCCCGUAGGCGAAUGUCAAGUCUCACGCUUCGGCUGCCCGGUUCAUGGUGGUAGCUGUCGGAUUGGCAGAGAGUUUUAGUGCGUGAGAGGUGUUCGAUUCUUGUUCAGUCGGCAAGAAAUCACGCGUCCAAAGUGCGUGCGAGGUGUUCGAUUCUUGUCCUGUAGGCUAACGUGAAGGCGAGCGCGCAUCGGCUGCCCGGUUCAUGGUGGUAGCCGUCGGAUUGGCAGAGAAUUUUAGUGCGUGCGAGGUGUUCGAUUCUUGUCCUGUAGGCGAAUGUGGAGGAGAGGACGCUUCCUCUGCCCGGUUCAUGGUGAUAGCCGUCGGAUUGACAGAGAGUUUUAGUGCGUGCGAGGUGUUCGAUUCUUGUCCUGUAGGCUAACGUGAAGGAGAGCGCGCUUCGGCUGCCCGGUUCAUGGUGGUAGCCGUCGGCUUGGCAGAGAGUUUUAGUGCGUGCUAGGUGUUCGAUUCUUGUCCUGUAGGCGAAUGUGAAGGAGAGGACGCUUCGACUUCCCGGUUCAUGGUGAUAGCCGUCGGAUUGGCAGCAAUUUAGUGCGUGCGAGGUGCUCGAUUCUUGUACCGUAGGCGAAUGUGAAAGAGAGGACGCUUCGGCUUCCCGGUUCAUGGUGGUAGCCGUCGGAUUGGCAGAGAGUUUUAGUGCGUGCGAGGUGUUCGAUUCUUGUUCUGUAGGCGAGAAAUUACGCGUCCAAAGUGCGUGCGAGGUGUUCGUUUCUUGUCCCGUAGGCGAAUGUGAAGGAGAGGACGCUUCGGCUUCCCGGUUCAUGGUGGUAGCCGUCGGAUUGGCAGCAUUUUAGUGCGUGCGAGGUGCUCGAUUCUUGUCCUGUAGGCGAAUGUGAAAGAGAGGACGCUUCGGCUGCCCGGUUCAUGGUGGUAGCUGUCGGAUUGGCAGAGAGUUUUAAUGCGUGCGAGGUGUUCGAUUCUUGUUCUGUAGGCGAAUGUGAAGGAGAGGACGCUUCGACUUCCCGGUUCAUGGUGGUAGCCGUCGGAUUGGCAGCAAUUUAGUGCGUGCGAGGUGCUCGAUUCUUGUACCGUAGGCGAAUGUGAAGGAGAGGACGCUUCGGCUUCCCGAUUCAUGGUGGUAGCCGUCGGAUUGGCAGAGAGUUUUAAUGCGUGCGAGGUGUUCGAUUCUUGUUCUGUAGGCGAGAAAUUACGCGUCCAAAGUGCGUGCGAGGUGUUCGAUUCUUGUCCUGUAGGCGAAUGUGAACGAGAGGACGCUUCGGCCGCCCGGCUCAUGGUGGUAGCCGUCGGAUUGGCAGAGUUUUAGUGCGUGCGAGGUGUUCGAUUCUUGUUCUGUAUGCGAAUAUGCCCGCCCGGUUCGUGGUGUUAAAAGGUGCUCUUUGUAACUGCGGAGAAUACACGUGGGGUUUGUGGUUCUCAAAGCAAGUGGUCAAACCCGGAAAAGUAGGAGACGGAGAAGCCAAAACGGAGACUAGUGCCCGGCAGUAUUAAACGCGGUGGUGGUGUUGGGAGCGGUUGCCUGAAGAGAAGCCCCCCGUUUUCUCGUGAAGGAAGACGAGAGGAGGAGGAACAGGAGCGAGAUCCGGCGAGCCGCCUCUAUCUUCCCGUAGAUUCGUCUCUUUUCUGCCCUUCGUUUCUAAGAGAAAUAUGUCGAUCUCUCCGGACUCGCACGCUUCUGAAAGUUCUCUUACUAGACUUGCUCCGGUUGAAGCAGUUCUAUUUGAUGUUGACGGAACCCUGUGUGAUUCGGAUCCUCUUCAUUAUUAUGCUUUUCGAGAAAUGCUGCUAGAGAUUGGCUAUAAUAAUGGAGUCCCCGUAGAUGAAGAAUUCUUCAUAAAAAAUAUUGCUGGAAGGCACAAUGAUGAUAUUGCUAGUAUCUUAUUUCCUGACUGGGAUCAUGAGAAGGCCAUUAAAUUUGUUGAUGAUAAGGAAGCAAUGUUCCGAAGGUUAGUAUCUAAAGAGUUGAAGCCAAUAGAAGGUCUUCACAAGCUAUGCAAGUGGGUCGAGGAUCGAGGCCUGAAGCGUGCAGCAGUCACUAACGCCCCAAGGCUUAAUGCAGAGCUUAUGAUUUCAAUGCUCGGUCUGACUGAUUUCUUCCAAGUUGUAGUAGUUGGGAGCGAAUGUGAGAGAGCUAAACCAUUCCCUGAUCCUUACUUGAAGGCUCUCAAGGAACUCAAGGCAUCUGCUGAACAUUCAUUUGUUUUCGAGGACUCAGCAUCAGGAAUAAAAGCCGGUGUAGCUGCUGGAAUGCCUGUUUUCGGUUUAACAACCAGGAACCCUGAGAAGUCUCUGAUAGAAGCAGGAGCUUCUUUCCUUAUAAAGGACUAUGAAGAUCCAAAGCUUUGGAUGUCAUUGGAAGAACUGAACAGGGUACAACAAUCCUGAACACUGCUGAUGUUAGAGAAGAAAAUUGGAAAAACACUCGUAGAAACACCAUAACAUCGAAACUUAUAUACUGGGGUACAAUUUUAUACGAAAACAUAAACAUUUUCCUUUUGGUUGUAUUUGGUUUUUGUUACAUUGAAUUAAUUAUCUGGUAAAUCUGAUGAUCAAGACAUCUGCAACCACAUUUAUACAUUGAAUAAGAAGAUUGUGAUGGAGAAGUUCACUUCUCGGAUUGCUGAUCCA